CGAGAACCGGAAGUCGUCAUCGCGUCAGCAAAUAGGGAAAUGGAGAGGAAAAGGGGCCUCAGUGAACCCUUAGCAUACUGCAGUUAUUAGCGCUCGACUGGUCUGUUUUGCCGAAUGGACGUUUUUAAGGUGGACUAAAUGAUCGUUUCUACAAGCCAUGGAGUCCCAUGAGGAGAAGCCCAUCAUUUACACGAUGGAGAACAAACCCAUAGUGACAUGUGCUGGGGACCAAAACCUCUUAACUGCUCUUUAUAGCCUGCUGGCACAGCAGCUUCCCUGGGAACCUAUGGAAUGGAGAAGGUCGUAUGGGCGAGCGCCGAAGAUGAUCCACCUAGAAGCCAACUUUGUUCAGUUUAAAGAAGAGCUGCUUCCUAAAGAGGGAAACAAGGCUCUUCUCACGUUUCCUUUCCUGCACAUCUACUGGACUGACUGCUGUGACACAGAGACAUACAAGACCUCAGUGAAGGAGGACAUGCAGCGGUGGCAGAGCGUGCUUAAGCUACACGGCUCAACCGACUGGCUCAUCGUGGUUGUGGAAAACGACAGCAAGAAAAAGAACAAAACUAACAUCCUACCAAGAACCUCCAUCAUGGACAAGAUCCGCAAUGACUUCUGCAACAAGCAGAGCGACAGGUGUGUUUCUCUGUCAGAUCCCCUAAAGGAGUCAUCUCGCUCUCAGGAGUCAUGGAACUCAUUCUUGACAAAGCUGCGCACUCUGCUUCUCAUGUCCUUCACCAAGAACCUGGGUCGCUUUGAGGAUGACAUGCGCACACUGCGGGAGAAACGCACCGAGCCAGGCUGGAGCUUCUGUGACUACUUCAUGGUCCAGGAAGAGCUGGCAUUUGUGUUUGAGAUGCUACAGCAGUUUGAAGAUGCGCUGGUCCAGUAUGACGAGUUGGAUGCCCUGUUCACCCAGUAUGUGCUUAACUUUGGUGCUGGAGAUGGAGCCAACUGGCUAGGCUCAUUUUGCCAGCCAGUGCGGAACUGGAACGGGCUGCUCCUGCGCAGACCGAUAGAUAUGGAGAAAAGGGAACUAAUCCAGCGCGGCGAGGCUAGUCUGCUAGAUCUGCGUAGCUACCUGUUUUCUCGCCAGUGCACACUGCUUAUUUUCCUGCAGAGGCCCUGGGAGGUCACACAGAGAGCUCUGGAGCUGCUGCACAACUGUGUCCAGGAGCUUCGUCUGCUUGAGGUGUCGGUUCCCCAGGGAGCUCUGGACUGCUGGGUAUUCCUUAGCUGUCUGGAGGUGUUGCACAGAAUUGAGGGCUGUUGUGAUCGCACACAGCUGGAGGCCAACUUCUCCCACACUGUGGGCCUCUGGACUUAUGCUACUGAGAAGCUGAAGUCUUUAGGCUGUUUGUGUGGUUUGGUGUCAGAGAAUGGGCCCAACUCGGAGGAGCUUAACCGCACUGUUGAUCUACUUGCAGGGCUUGGAACAGAGAGACCAGAAACAGCCAACAGUCUUCAGAGCCCAUAUAAAAAACUUAAAGAAGCAUUAUCAUCAGUAGAAGCUUUUGAAAGACACUACCUGGAGUUGUCCCACGCUGCUCUGGAGAUGUACAGAGCCAUUGGGAGGCUGCGGUCAGCACGACUGGUGGGAAAGAGUCUGGCUGAGUUCUACAUGAGGAAAGGUGAUGCCCAGACAGCAAAAACUUUCCUUAAGGACUCUUUGAAGUCCUACACGGCCGAAGGCUGGAGCCUGCCACUUACACACACGCGCAAGCAAACCGCCGAGUGUCAAAAACAGCUGCAGCAGACCGAGGACUACUUGCAGACAAGUGCUCUGCUGGCCAGUGAUACCAACCUGACAGAUGAGGAGAGAAAGCACUUCUGCCAGGAGAUCCUCACCUUUGCUAACAAGGCUCCAGAGGGCAAAGAUCAACGAGUGGUCCUGAGCAUGACUGCGUUUGCUCAGCUGCGAGAGCUGCAAUUUCUGCCAGCAUCUGCCACAGUGCAUGUUGGUGCAUCCUUGCAGUUAGAGCUGCGUCUGUGCAGCCUAAUGCCUGUUCCUGUGCAGCUAGAACAGCUGGCAGCCAGUGUCCACUUUCUAGGGGAGCAACCAAGCACACGUUCUGGCUCUGCAGGCACCCAGCGGCGCCCCGGUCUUAGUCCAGACGGCACUAUAUCCUUCCCUGCUGUGAGUCCCUCUGGUGGUGCGCUGCCAGGAACAGGCAUGCCUGCUCUGGAGCUUCAUGAAAUUCAGGACCGCAGUCCCUCCGACAACACUCUUAACUCCACUAGUGUUAUCUGCAAGAAUGCACACAUGCUGCUGCGUGCCAAUGAUGGCUCCUCCCCUUUGGAUGUACAUAGCACUUUAAGCUCCACCUUUACUAUGGAGGACGGAACACAGGUGCUAAAGACCCACAACGUGACUUUGUUGCCAGGAAACAACAGCAUUAUCUUCACUGCACUGAGCACAAAGCCAGGCAGCUACAAUCUGCGACAGUUGUGUGCUACAGUGGGUCGCGUACAGUUUGUUUUGCCUCACAUUUACCCAAUUGUGAAAUAUGAGGUAUAUUCCCAGGAGCCACAGUUGACCAUCGAGCCCCUCACAGAGAGCCUGCUGGCUGGGCUUCCUCAGAGGGUGAAGUUUACCAUUCUAACAGGCCACUACCAAAUUAAAAAGGGUGAUGCGCUGCAGUUGAGUAACACAGACUCUAUGCCUAUCCUGCACUCCUCCUCCUGCUCUGCCCGCAUUCUUUCUGCCACUGGAGAGCUGGUAGGUGAGGCUGCUCUGUCCAUCCAGGCUUCAGAGAAGGUUACAAGCCUCUCUCUGCCUCUAACUCCACCCUACCACACACUGGAGUUUCAGCUCGAGGUGCUGUGCCAUAUCCCACUAUCGCCGGCUCGGGUCGAAAGCGAGCGCCUCACCAACGGCGAGAUCCGUCACCGGCCAAGAAGUCGUACACGCUUCAACAGUGGCAUGACCUGCAUUGACCAGAAGGUGUCCAUUGACUGCCCCUGGUCUAUAUAUUCCAUCCUUAUAUCUCUCACCUUCUAUACCCCCUUCAGAGCCAAACACUCGAUACUGUCAGCAGGGAAAAGAAAGUACAUCCAGGUGUGCCUUGAAAAUGUAUCAAACACAAACUUUCGUCUAGCCAAUCAGACUCUGUCAGACCGUCAGCAUACACCUUCACUGGAGCUCCUCUCUCUCAAUGCUAAAACACACCAGGUGGUGUACAGUAAGCAGAGCUUAUAUAGUCUGUGGGAGGUGAAGUGGACAACAGAGCCGCUGCCAUGUCUGCAGUGUGUAUUUUCUGCCAGCUUUUCUCCUGCCAACGCUCCAGACACAGCACUCAAACCCUACAGCUAUGAGUUCCAGCUGGAAAGAGUCUCGACACUGUAUAGUGUGAAGGCAGACAUCCAGCCUGCUUUGGGAGAGGAGCACUGUCGCGCCGGCACCCUCUGUCGGCUUGAAGUAUCAGUCACCCAUCUCACAGAGCCGAGUGACACGGAGGGAGAGGAUGAGGAGUUAACGGAAAACGAAGGCCUCCGCACAACCAAGCUCAUGUAUGAGGUGGUGGACAACAGCAGUAACUGGGCUGUCUGUGGGAAGAGUUCAGGGUUAGUGUCCAUGCCUGUGGCUGCCAUGGCAACACACAAAGUACAGAUGGAGGUCAUGCCUCUAUUUGCAGGCAAGCUGCCCUUCCCCAGCAUCAGAGUGUUCAAGUACCUGCCCCACAGCGCACAACCUAUAAGCCAGCCUGACACAGACUCGUGCCUAGAGAAUGACAACCUCUCACUUCUCGAUAAGGGUCUGGAGGAGCAGGCAGACACGGCCAGUCUGCGCAGCAGGGGAAGCAUUCACUCUGUGGGCAGUAACGAGCAGCAACAGAGGGCUCUUCCUAUGCCCCGGCUCGAACCCUUCAGCCCGGGACAAGUGUUCAACUCUAGCCAGACGCAACAGGUUCUCGUGCUCCCCAGCACUGAUGACCAUGUGCUUGAGGUCAACGUCACAUGACACCAAAGUAAGGCCUGCCCCCGCCUAGUCCUGGACCCUGCUUUCUGUGAUCUCAGUGGACAAGAGACAGGGGACAAGGGAGGACAAGUGGGGCAGUGGCACAUCCCGAUCUCUGGACUCGGUUGGCAGGCGAUGGCCAUUGGCCUGGCCUGAAUACAGAUACACUAACAAAAGGCUGGAGCCUGAGAAUCCAUCUACUGUCUAAUGGUUUCUGUCUCAUUUCUUUAUCGCUUUUUCAUCUAUAAAGAGAUGUGCAAAACUGGGAAGAAUCUCCUGUCAUUUUCUCUCCUACUCCGAGGGCAGCCAUGGAUUAAGUAUCAUCCAUUUCUGCCUUCCCAGUUCAACUUCCUGCUGGGGCAGUCUUUAAUACUACCGUGACAAGAGUCACACUAGCUGAGAAAGACACACACACUCACACACACACACACACACACACACACACAGUGACCUCUGUGAAAGUUUUGGCAGGUAUUGCAGUUAUUAAAAUGGAAAUACACGUGA